AUGGUUUUGGUAAAUGUUUGGGUCUUCUUGGGCGGUCUGUUUAUCAGAAACACCGAUCAGGAGUACACUGCCUUUCGCUUGGCGAUCUUCCUGCACAACACCAGCCCCAACGCCUCAGAAGCACCGUUCAACCUGGUGCCUCAUGUGGACAACAUCGAGACCGCCAACAGCUUUGCCGUCACCAACGCCUUUUGCUCCCAGUACUCCCGCGGUGUCUUCGCCAUCUUCGGCCUCUAUGACAAGCGCUCCGUGCACACGCUGACGUCCUUCUGCAGCGCCCUGCACAUCUCCCUCAUCACGCCCAGCUUCCCCACCGAGGGCGAGAGCCAGUUCACCCUGCAGCUCCGGCCGUCCAUCCGGGGGGCGCUGCUGUCGCUGCUGGACCACUACGACUGGAACAAGUUCGUUUUCUUGUACGACACAGAUCGGGGAUAUGCCAUCCUUCAGGCCAUCAUGGAGAAGGCGGGACAAAACAACUGGCAGGUCAGCGCCAUCUGUGUAGAGAACUUCAAUGACGCCAAUUACCGGCGACUGCUGGAGGAUCUGGACCGACGACAAGAGAAGAAGUUUGUCAUUGACCUGGAGGCGGAGAGGCUGCAGAACAUGCUGGAACAGAUUGUCAGUGUGGGGAAACAUGUCAAAGGCUACCAUUACAUCAUGGCCAACCUGGGUUUUAAAGACAUCAACUUGGAGCGCUUCAUGCAUGGAGGAGCCAAUGUGACGGGCUUCCAGCUGGUCGACUUCAGUAACCCCAUGGUCAUCAAACUGAUGCAGCGCUGGAACAAGCUGGAUCAGAGGGAGUACCCCGGCUCAGAUGCUCCACCCAAGUUUGUCCCCUGGAGCCUAAAACAGACAGAGCAGCAGGGAGGCCCUCAGUAUACCUCAGCGCUAACGUACGACGGUGUGAUGGUGAUGGCCGAGGCCUUCAGGAACCUGCGUCGGCAGAAGGUGGACAUUUCCCGAAGGGGGAACGCCGGCGACUGCCUCGCCAACCCCGCUGCCCCGUGGAACCAGGGCAUCGACAUGGAGAGAACCCUCAAACAGGUCCGGCUGGUCAACUACACUAUGGACGUGUUUGAACUGAAGAUUUGCUCCCAGUACUCCCGCGGUGUCUUCGCCAUCUUCGGCCUCUAUGACAAGCGCUCCGUGCACACGCUGACGUCCUUCUGCAGCGCCCUGCACAUCUCCCUCAUCACGCCCAGCUUCCCCACCGAGGGCGAGAGCCAGUUCACCCUGCAGCUCCGGCCGUCCAUCCGGGGGGCGCUGCUGUCGCUGCUGGACCACUACGACUGGAACAAGUUCGUUUUCUUGUACGACACAGAUCGGGGAUAUGCCAUCCUUCAGGCCAUCAUGGAGAAGGCGGGACAAAACAACUGGCAGGUCAGCGCCAUCUGUGUAGAGAACUUCAAUGACGCCAAUUACCGGCGACUGCUGGAGGAUCUGGACCGACGACAAGAGAAGAAGUUUGUCAUUGACCUGGAGGCGGAGAGGCUGCAGAACAUGCUGGAACAGAUUGUCAGUGUGGGGAAACAUGUCAAAGGCUACCAUUACAUCAUGGCCAACCUGGGUUUUAAAGACAUCAACUUGGAGCGCUUCAUGCAUGGAGGAGCCAAUGUGACGGGCUUCCAGCUGGUCGACUUCAGUAACCCCAUGGUCAUCAAACUGAUGCAGCGCUGGAACAAGCUGGAUCAGAGGGAGUACCCCGGCUCAGAUGCUCCACCCAAGUAUACCUCAGCGCUAACGUACGACGGUGUGAUGGUGAUGGCCGAGGCCUUCAGGAACCUGCGUCGGCAGAAGGUGGACAUUUCCCGAAGGGGGAACGCCGGCGACUGCCUCGCCAACCCCGCUGCCCCGUGGAACCAGGGCAUCGACAUGGAGAGAACCCUCAAACAGGUCCGGCUGCAGGGAUUAACAGGUAAUGUCCAGUUUGACCACUAUGGCCGCAGGGUCAACUACACUAUGGACGUGUUUGAACUGAAGAGUAAUGGACCAAGACGGAUCGGCUACUGGAACGACGCAGACAAACUGGUUCUGAUCCAGGACUCUCCGCUCCUUCCAAACGACACUUCAGGCAUGGAGAACCGCACAGUGGUGGUUACAACCAUCAUGGAGGGUCCGUAUGUGAUGCUUAAGAAGAACUGGGAGAUGUACGAGGGAAACGACCAGUACGAGGGAUACUGCGUGGACCUUGCUUCGGAAAUCGCCAAACACAUCGGUAUUAAGUACAAGAUCUCCAUCGUCCCCGAUGGAAAGUACGGCGCCAGGGACCCAGAGACGAAGAUCUGGAACGGCAUGGUCGGGGAGCUGGUGUACGGGAAAGCGGAAAUUGCUGUGGCCCCUUUGACUAUCACGUUGGUCCGGGAGGAAGUGAUCGAUUUCUCUAAGCCCUUCAUGUCACUGGGCAUUUCUAUCAUGAUCAAGAAGCCCCAAAAAUCCAAACCAGGGGUGUUCUCCUUCCUGGACCCACUGGCCUAUGAGAUCUGGAUGUGCAUCGUGUUUGCCUAUAUCGGCGUGAGCGUGGUGCUCUUCCUGGUCAGCCGCUUCAGCCCGUAUGAAUGGCACACCGAGGAGCCCGAAGAGGGCACCGACGGUCCGCCAAGCGACCAGCCCCCCAAUGAGUUUGGUAUCUUCAACUCCCUCUGGUUCUCCCUGGGCGCCUUCAUGCAGCAGGGCUGUGACAUCUCCCCCAGAUCAUUAUCAGGCCGGAUCGUAGGAGGAGUGUGGUGGUUCUUCACUCUCAUCAUUAUCUCGUCCUACACGGCCAACCUGGCUGCCUUCCUCACUGUGGAGAGGAUGGUUUCCCCCAUCGAGAGCGCCGAAGACCUGGCCAAGCAGACGGACAUCGCCUACGGAACGCUGGACUCAGGAUCCACCAAAGAGUUCUUCAGGCGGUCAAAGAUCGCAGUCUACGAGAAGAUGUGGGGAUACAUGAAGUCAGCCGAGCCGACGGUCUUCACCAAAACCACAGCCGAGGGGGUGGCGCGGGUCCGGAAGUCCAAAGGGAAAUACGCCUUCCUCCUGGAGUCCACUAUGAACGAGUACACAGAGCAGCGCAAGCCCUGCGACACAAUGAAAGUGGGAGGAAACUUGGACUCCAAAGGCUACGGAGUAGCCACACCCAAGGGUUCACAGUUAAGAAGUGCUGUUAACCUGGCAGUGUUAAAACUCAAUGAGCAAGGCCUGUUGGACAAAUUGAAAAACAAGUGGUGGUACGACAAAGGAGAGUGUGGCAGCGGAGGCGGUGGCGAGAAGGACAAGUCCUCCCAGGCCCUCAGCCUGAGCAACGUGGCGGGGGUCUUCUACAUCCUGGUGGGGGGCCUCGGUCUGGCCAUGCUGGUGGCCCUCAUCGAAUUCUGCUACAAGUCACGCAACGAGGCAAAGAGAAUGAAGCUCACAUUUACUGAAGCCAUGAGGAACAAGGCUCGUCUUUCCAUUACGGGCAGCGUUGGCGAGAACGGACGGGUGCUGACGCCCGACUGUCCCAAGGCCGUCCACACCGGGCCUCCCCUCCGUCAGAGCUCCGGCCUCGCCUUGGUAUCCUCCGAGCUCCCGUGAAAACCAAAAACUUCUCAAGUGCCUUAAUUCAAUAAGAGACAAAAGUAAGAAUCACACGGCCCAAAAAAAACCACUAGAAACUAAGCGCAAAGAAACAGGAUUCACCUAAAACCCAAACGGGUCACCACCGGAGGGCCGGACGAGAAGGAUCGACGCUUGAUGACUCUUUUUCGUAAUUUGCGGAAAACAGAAGCAAAACAAUCUUUUCUUUAAUGGCGACUGCGCAGUGAUGGAGAAGAACAGAAGGAAGAAAAUGAAUAAUAUCAUGGUAUAUGAUAAAGCUGAAGACCAGAAAACUGUAAACUUGAAACUCUAAACUGUGCUGUUUUUUUUUUUGUUUUUGGGGGGGUCCCUUUUUUUAUUGGUUUUGAUUGCUAUGAAUUGGCAAAACUGAAACUACAGUCAAGAUUGUUUUGACCAGUAUUUGCCACACAGACCUGAGUUCAAGAGACAAUAAUCUAUCUGGAUAUCAACAUGUGACGUUGGGGGUGGGGGGAGGGGGGGCUGUGCCCCAGUGCCAUUACAAUAUGAUGAAAAUAUUUGUAUUAAUAAUACUGAAAAAUAAAUAAUCUAUUGAUACUGAAUAUAUGAGAAACAUAGGAAACUGUGAACAUAAGUAAAUAUGUAUAUUCCAUUCAAAAAAAAAACAUAAAAAAAGCGCCCCUGGAGAACCUAGCUGUACAUAGGGACGACUGUGCUUGCUUUUUAAACAGAUGUACAUAGCAGAUACUGUAGUGGACCGACAGUUCUUUUUGUAAUCAUCUUUCAAGAUUUUAUUCAUCGCAAUAAUGAAAAAGAUGACGAGACACGUGAAAGGCAGCGUUAUUAACCGUUUGGUGUUGACUACUUCUUAAACUGUAUAAUACAGGAACACUGAAGCUCCAAAUGUGAAGGGGUAUCGACUGCCCUAAUACUCUGAUACCUGUUAAAGUACAAAAUUCAUUCAUAUAUUCAACAAUGAAUGUUGACACUCGCACCACCCCCACCCCUCACUGUGCAGACGUAGACCCAGAGAAAUGCUCCCGAGUAGAGCUUUAUAAUAUAAAAUCAACUUUCUGCAUUCAGAGUAGAACUAUUUUUUUCAUUCCUUGAUCUAUUUUUUGUACUGAACUCAAAAGACGCUGUUUGUCUCCUGGUUUUAAAUGUCGGCAGUCGAGUACUAUCUGGGUAGAACUUUUAGACCGUUACGUGUGUGGAGAUGAAACUGAACAAAUGGCGUUUUCUCUCAUUCUGUGUUAUUCAAGUGUCUCUGCUGUGUCCGAUAAGAGCCCAGAUGAAGCCAGGUCUGUUUGUCUGUGGGAGCCCUUCCUUUUUCAAACACUGUGGAUCGUCCACACAGAGGCCGGACAUGGACACACCCCUGUAGCAGAAACGUCCCCACCCCGGUCUCUUGGACUGAAGUGUCCUCAUCUCAACUGGAAAUGGACGGACAAUCGUCAGCCGCCGCAGGACGCCGCCGCAUCAGCAGCAGAAGCAGCCAAAGGCGGUGGCGGUUUCCCCUUUGUACAGGAAGUCUGGAGAGAAACCAGCUGACAUACUUCAGGUCAUGCCAUCUGUCUUUAGAAAUCAACUGUAAUAUGGCGUCUUCUUUUGGUUUCAAAUGUACAUCUUUAUUUUGGUCUUUUUGUUUUGUUUUUUUAGUAAAAUGAAUUUUAAACUGCAA